CUCAUAAAAAAGAUCUUAAAUCAACAUAUUGCGCAGAAUUUGCUGUACGAAAUUUUUGCUGUUUUUUUCCUCAAAAUUAAUUCGCAGAAAGAGAGAUUCAUAGAUUCGUUCGUAUUAAUUAAUGGAGAUGAAUCUCAGACACUCGCAAUGAUUGGAUCGGCGAAACCCUCAACUUUUGCUUUCCUGUUCUAGAUGCUGGAUCGAUUUCGAUUCGAUUUCGGCUGACUUUCUGCUUCUGGAGGGAAGCUGGAGGGGUGAAGAUUGUGCAUCGGUGGAAUAAGAGUGGGGGAAGAAUGCCUGCGCACGGGGAUCUGGAUCGGCAGAUCGAGCAGCUGAUGGAGUGCAAGCCCCUGACGGAAUCGGAGGUGAAAACGUUGUGCGAUCAGGCGAGGGCGAUUCUGGUGGAGGAGUGGAACGUGCAGCCGGUGAAAUGUCCGGUCACGGUGUGUGGAGACAUUCACGGCCAGUUCUAUGAUCUGAUCGAGCUGUUUCGCAUCGGCGGCAAUGCUCCCGACACGAAUUACCUCUUCAUGGGAGAUUAUGUUGAUCGUGGUUAUUACUCAGUGGAGACUGUUACACUUUUGGUUGCUCUCAAAGUCCGCUACAGAGACAGAAUCACAAUACUUAGAGGAAACCAUGAAAGCCGGCAAAUCACCCAAGUAUAUGGUUUCUAUGACGAAUGCUUGAGGAAGUACGGGAAUGCCAAUGUUUGGAAGUUUUUCACUGAUCUAUUUGACUAUCUACCCCUAACAGCACUUAUUGAGAGCCAGGUAUUCUGUUUACAUGGUGGGCUCUCACCCUCAUUGGAUACACUUGAUAAUAUCCGAGCCCUAGAUCGUAUACAAGAGGUCCCCCAUGAAGGGCCGAUGUGUGAUCUGUUGUGGUCUGAUCCGGAUGAUCGUUGUGGUUGGGGGAUAUCUCCUCGAGGGGCUGGGUACACCUUCGGGCAGGAUAUAGCUGCUCAGUUCAACCACACUAAUGGGCUCACUCUGAUUUCCAGAGCUCAUCAGCUUGUGAUGGAGGGUUACAAUUGGUGUCAGGAGAAGAAUGUGGUGACAGUAUUUAGCGCACCAAACUACUGUUACCGGUGCGGUAACAUGGCAGCCAUACUAGAAAUCGGCGAAAACAUGGACCAGAAUUUCCUCCAAUUCGACCCCGCCCCUCGGCAGAUUGAGCCCGACACCACGAGGAAGACACCCGACUAUUUUUUGUGAUGGUCAAAGUCAACUCUCGAUCGCUUGCACCUGUUGUUGUCCCCUUGCCAGUGUUCAUGCCAUUGUAGAUGUAUACUCUCUCAGUCUCUCUCUCUCUCUCUCUCUCUCUCUCUCUCUACUGAGUCUUGAGUACUAUGUGCAUUUUGAAAGAAGAAAAAAACAUUGAGAUCUUUUAUUUGUCUACAUUUUUUGUUCAUUUUUUUAGGGUUGUUGUGAAGAGUACUUAAUUGUUAACUUCUGAGAAUGUGUAGUUGUGGGUGGUGUAUGCAGGGCUUGCAUUUGUUUGUACUUAGAUUCUUAAUGGGGAUACAAUUUUUCAAAAUGGCAUUGCAAUUGGAUAUUGAGUACUAAAACAUUUUAAUGCAACUGCAUUUUUAUUUAUUUUUAUUGCCCCUACAGUUUUUUUUG